GUACGUUUUACCCAACGGGACGCUGUUCUGCCUGUAUGGACCAAUCAGGGAGUACCGAGAUAGUUACCGGUACGCUAAUUUCUGCCGGUUUACCCCAUCAAAUGCUCCCUCCCUUAUCUCUCCGUCCUCUGAAGGUCUUUCCAAAGGGCUUUCCAGAGGUCUUUCCAGAGGUCUUUCCAGAGGUCUUUCCAGAGGUCUUUCCAAAGGUCUUUCCAAAGGUCUUUCCAACCGUCUUUCUAAAAGUCUUUCGAGAGGUCUUUCCAGAGUCGCUGGCAUUUUCUUGUUGGAUUGGCGAGCAUGAUCGACAUGAUCUUGCAUGAAGCUGCCAGAUACCUUAUGAACCAAGGUGCCAAUUUUGCUCUCAAUGGAAAGUGGAUAAGAAUGUAGUGAUAUACAUCCACCUACCAUGGCAUCCCCAUCUUCAGUUAGUACUCGUCUUGAGGAAAACGAGUCGGACUGGCAGUAUGAACCUCGCUCAGCGAAGCGUCGAAGAAGGGCUUCUACAGCAGGCGCCUCAAGACCCUCACCCCGGGAACUUGGAUUCAUGAGAGAGCCUCAGAGUGAAGGCUCCGCCAGCUUUCUUGGCAGCUCCAGUGGAAUACACUUCAUCCGACACGUCUACAACGCCUUUGCUCGCCGAUCGGCGGACUUGCAGCAAAAUCGAACUCGCGAAAAGAGCUCAGUCCCCGGCGAAGAUGACCGGUUACGGCGAGGAGGCGAAAGUGGUCACGAGGUCGACGCGUUUUGGUUACCAGAGGAAUUGAACUUUGCUCCAACUGCCGUGUUCACAUUCGAGGACCUUGUCAAUUGGACGCGCCGGUAUUUUGAGAAUUGGCAUCCUUGUUUUCCAUGUCUUCAUGCGCCGACUGUUUUGCAGGCCAUGGAGAGACUUGCCCGCCAAGGGCCCCAGACUAUCAGCCGCUUGGAUCUGAUCAUCGUCCGUUCUCUUAUCUCGAUUUCACUUGGGGAUGAACGCCAAGCCAAAUCUACUGCAUCGGAGAAAGAGUCAAUACCUGCAAUACUCGUCUUUCAGAAUGUUCAGCAUGUUAUGCAAGAAAUUCAAAGCCUGCUUGCAGAGCCUACAACGCUUCCGCUACUUCAGGCAGCGUUUACGGCCCAAUUGGCUCUCACUUCACUCUUGCGUCUCAAUGCAGCCUCUCGUGUAGGAGGUGUCAUUACUCGCACGGCUUUUCAUCUGGGCUUGCACCGUUGCCCUGGUCGAUUUUCUUGUUUUAGCAAUGAGGAGAUUGGCAUGCGAAGGCGCCUAUUCUGGUCUAUCUAUUCAUUGGAACGGUACCUCUCCCAGGCCCUCGGGAUUCCUCUCGGCAUACGAGACGAUGAUAUCGAUGUGUGCUAUCCAGACGCUGAGAGACAUGUCACUCAAACCCCUACAACACCUAAUGAUCCACGCCUGCGUCUGCUAUGCCAUCUUGCCAAGUUUGCCAGGAUACGAGGUCUGAUACUGGAGCUUCGCAACAAAUCUAUACUGCAUAGCCAUGCCGGCGCCCUGGAAGCCUCCCAUGUUAAUGGCGAAAUCUCCCAGUGGUGGAACGAAGUCUACGACGAUGCCAAUGCGAUCGAGGAUUCUGCAGAUCCCGAAUCGGAAGUAAGCGCCACGCUCACGCCCUAUCAUCGGUUGCUGCUGAUGAUCCUGAGACACGAGGCAAUCAUUGCAAUGAACCGUCCCCUGCUUGCUGCAGAGAAGCCCAACCCUGAUUACAAACAUGCUCUGCAAACAUGUAUUGCUUCGUCUCGAUCAUUGCUGGCUGCAUUGAAGAGGUAUAUGUCUUCCGACUCCCAUGCACCACUCACCUGGCCAUCGUUCACCUGGACGACAUGGAUGGCUUGUCUCAUCUUGAUGUACGCCUCGUGGGAGGGUGAAUUACCCGUCGCUACGGCAUUGAAAUAUGCCAAAAUGGCGGUCCAUGUUUUGGAAAAUCUUGCAUUGCGUGGUAGUAGCUGGCCAGACACAUGUAUCGAAGCGAUCAAAAGCAUGGAGUCGGCUCUUUCAAUGGAUCUGCCCGGAAGCCAUAAACAGGCAAUUGCUGGCCCAUUGAGUUCGGCAGGAGGAGCAAAUAACAAUCAUGCUUCUCAAGUUAGAGAUACUCAAAAUGCAGAAAGUGACCUCUUUGGUCAAAACCAGAGGCGUCUUUCGAGUCGAGUAAACCUUACGUCGGUCCCGUAUGACCAUCGUGGAGUGGGCGAAUAUCAUGCAGGCUCAUCUUCGGGAAUCACACAGGGAUCCGAACCCGGCACAUCUGCUGUGCAGAGAAUCCAGUCUCGGGCCCAUUAUGAUUCAGCAAUCUUUUCCACACCCGGGAAUCCUGCAAACGAUGACCAAAUACUGAAUGCGCAAAACUCAGCCAAUCUUAUCUUCGGUCACCCGGUCAACAGCAGCGCACCUUUUUAUCCGGGGAUCGCGGGCCAGGACCCGUUGCCUUUUUCAGACCCGUCUUCGCUGUUCAUGAACGACCUAUGGAGUGUGGCUGAUGGCCCAUGGAUGAUUCAUGCCAUGAAUGCAGAUUCCAUCUCGUCAUGGGACUUCUGCCAUCUUCACAAUCAUUCUCUCCUUGUCUAGAAUCACACUCAAUUGUCCUUUUCCCUUGCAACUUUCAUGGGGCCUGAAGAAGCCGCUUCGCAAUUGACCAAGAUACAGCUCAUACGCAGGCAUAUAGCCCUUGACGAAGGUGACAACCUCAUCAUCCGUCAUACCCUGAUUCUUCGCCUGCCAAAGCGCACGCUCCUGUUGGAUACGCCACUCGUACACAUUCACCAAAUCAUCCGUAUCAAGAUGAAUGAGAUAGUCAAGGUGUUGUGGGCCCAUGAACAACUCACAAUAUCGUCGUAGGCUGUUGUUCACAUUCAACAAAUGGUCGAUUGCAUGGUCCUUCAAUGUCCGAGUCGGAUACUUAGUCCUCGUCCGAGUUUCCAACUCUUUAUCCCAGCG